UUUUUACUUACAAGUUACGGAAAAGGAAAGCAGCAAGGUUAAACGUGCGUGUGCUGGUGGAUCCUGAAUCAAAUCCCACGGCAGAUCCUCCAUUUAAAUCACCGAUGGUAACGGGCGAUUAGGUCUCAACGGUUCGAAUUGCAGACGACUAGAGCAAGAGAGACUGCAAUGGCGGUUCCUGUCGAAGAAGCCAUUGCAGCAUUGUCUACUUUCUCGCUGGAGGAUGAGCAACCAGAUGUUCAAGGGCCAGGAGUUUGGGUGUCAACUGAGAGAGGUGCAACAAAUAGUCCAAUUGAGUAUACCGAUGUUUCUGCGUACCGCCUAUCAUUAUCAGAAGAUACCAAGGCUCUCAAUCAACUGAACACCCUUAUUCAUGAGGGAAAGGAUAUGGCAUCAGUGCUCUAUACUUAUCGAAGUUGUGUCAAAGCACUUCCUCAGCUUCCAGAUUCCAUGAAGCAAAGCCAGGCUGACUUAUAUCUAGAAACAUAUCAAGUUCUAGACCUGGAAAUGAGUCGACUGCGUGAAAUUCAGCGCUGGCAAGGAUCAGCUGCAUCUAAACUAGCAGCUGAUAUGCAACGCUUUUCUAGGCCAGAGAGGCGUAUCAACGGCCCUACUAUAACUCAUCUCUGGUCCAUGUUGAAGUUACUUGAUAUUUUAGUGCAACUGGAUCAUCUUAAAAAUGCAAAAGCAAGCAUACCAAAUGAUUUUUCCUGGUAUAAGAGGACCUUCACUCAAGUCAGUAUGCAGUGGCAAGACAAUGACUCAUUGAGAGAAGAGUUAGAUGAUCUUCAGAUUUUCUUGAGCACAAGAUGGGCGAUUUUGUUGAACUUGCAUGUCGAGAUGUUCCGCGUAAACAAUGUAGAGGACAUUCUUCAGGUCCUCAUAGUUUUUGCUGUGGAGUCACUGGAGUUGGAUUUUGCACUUCUGUUUCCAGAGCGGCAUAUCCUUCUUCGGGUUUUGCCAGUUCUUGUUGUACUUGCAACGUCAUCAGAGAAAGACAGUGAGUCACUAUAUAGGAGGGUGAAAAUCAAUAGACUGAUCAAUAUAUUCAAGAAUGAUCCAGUCAUACCUGCAUUCCCGGAUCUUCAUCUUUCUCCUGCUGCAAUUUUGAAAGAGUUGUCUAUGUAUUUCCCCAAAUUCACUGCCCAAACUCGUCUUCUCACUCUUCCAGCCCCUCAUGAGCUUCCAAUCCGUGAAGCACAAGAAUAUCCUCGACAUUAUCUGAUCAUCAAUCAUAUUGGAGCAAUUCGCGCUGAACAUGAUGACUUCAUAGUCCGUUUCGCUUCAGCUAUGAACCAGCUAGUGUUACUGAAAUCAAUGGAUGGUGCAGAUGUUGAGUGGUGCAAGGAAGUCAAAGGGAACAUGUAUGACAUAGUUGUUGAAGGUUUUCAGCUUUUAAGCAAGUGGACUGCUCGAAUUUGGGAGCAAUGCGCAUGGAAAUUCUCUCGUCCCUGCAAGGAUGCAGUUCCUAAUAUGUCACAUGAGAUGGUGACAUCAUCUUCUGACUAUGAAAAGGUUGUACGAUAUAAUUACAGUUCAGAGGAAAGGAAAGCAUUGGUUGAACUUGUUAGCUACAUUAAGAGCGUUGCAUCAAUGAUGCAACGAUGUGAUACAUUGGUAGCUAAUGCUGUAUGGGAAACAAUCCAUGCAGAAGUCCAGGAUUUUGUGCAAAAUACAUUAGCCACUAUGUUGCGGACGACCUUUCGAAAGAAGAAGGACCUAAGUAGGGUUCUUUCCGAUAUGCGCACACUUUCAGCGGACUGGAUGGCAAAUACAAGCAAACCUGAAUCUGAGGUACAACCCUUACAACAUGGAGGCGAAGAAAGCAAAGGGAACUUCUUUUAUCCUAGGCCAGUGGCACCCACUGCUGCACAGGUGCACUGCUUGCAGUUUCUGAUAUAUGAGGUCGUCUCAGGUGGUAAUCUGAGGAAGCCUGGGGGGCUCUUUGGGAAUAGCAGCUCCGAGAUUCCUGUUAAUGAUUUGAAACAACUCGAAACUUUCUUCUACAAGCUUAGCUUUUUCUUGCAUAUAUUAGACUAUACAGAAACUGUUGCAAGUCUGACAGAUCUUGGUUUUUUGUGGUUCAGAGAGUUUUAUUUGGAGUCUUCUCGUGUUAUUCAGUUUCCUAUUGAAUGCUCUCUUCCCUGGAUGCUGGUGGAUCAUGUGAUUGAGGCGCAUAGUACUGGCCUUUUGGAGAGUGUUUUAAUGCCAUUUGACAUUUAUAAUGAUUCUGCUCGGCAAGCGCUGGCUGUUCUCAAGCAACGCUUCCUCUAUGAUGAAAUUGAAGCUGAGGUUGAUCACUGUUUCGAUAUAUUUGUUUCCACACUGUGUGACACUAUUUUUACUUACUACAAAAGUUUGGCUGCAAGUAGUUUACUUGAUUCCUCAUUUCUUUUCUCCGUAGAGAAUGGGGAAAAGUUUUCUGUCCAACCUAUGAGAUUCACUGCUCUACUAAAGAUGACUCGAGUGAAGUUAUUGGGAAGGACAAUUAACCUAAGAAGUCUGAUUGCUGGAAAGAUGAACAAAAUAUUCAGGGAGAAUAUUGAAUUUUUGUUUGACAGGUUUGAGUCUCAGGACCUGUGUGCUAUUGUGGAAUUGGAAAAGCUUCUGAAUAUCUUGCAACUUGGUCAUGAAUUGCUGUCCAGAGAUCUUUCAAUAGACUCAUUCAGUCUCAUGUUAAAUGAGAUGCAGGAGAAUAUAUCUAUCGUGUCAUAUUCCAGUAGACUUGCUUCUCAGAUUUGGUCGGAGAUGCAAAUUGAUUUUUUGCCAAACUUCACGCUCUGUAAUACUACUCAGAGAUAUGUUCGUUCAUCAAAAGUACCCCCUGCUUCUCUUCAGAAGCCUACAAUUCCACAUUCAAAGCCGAGUUUUUACUGUGGUACUCAGGAUCUAAAUUCUGCACACCAAAGCUCUGCGCGGUUGCAUAGUGGAUUCUUUGGAAUGCCUCACAUGUUUUCCGUCGUGAGGCUCUUAGGAUCUAGAUCAUUACCUUGGCUCAUCCGUGCUCUACUGGAUCAUGUAUCGAAUAAGAUAACUACCCUUGAACCAUUGAUUACAGGAUUGCAAGAUGCACUGCCGAAGUCUAUUGGGCUUCUUCCUUUCGAUGGUGGAGUAACAGGUUGUUUGAGGAUUGUCAAAGAACAUCUGAAUUUGGGGUCAAAAUCAGAACUUAAAGCAGAGGUUCUACGUGGAAUAAAGGAGAUCGGAAGUGUAUUAUACUUGAUGGGGCUUCUUGAUAUUGUUCUGAGAGAAGUAGAUACCACUCAUUUCAUGCAAACAGCUCCGUGGUUGGGCUUGAUUCCUGGUGCAGAUGGGCAAAUAUUGCAGGCCCAAGAAGGGGCAGAUAGCCCUAUUGUCACUCUCUUCAAAUCAGCAACUGCUGCAACUGUGUCAAAUCCUGGGCUCUCAACUCAAACAUCAUUCUACACCAUAUCAAAACAGGCAGAAGCUGCUGAUCUGUUGUGCAAAGCGAACAUGAACACUGGAAGCGUGCUGGAAUAUGCCCUUGCUUUUACAAGUGCGGCAUUGGAUAAAUAUUGUACUAAAUGGAGUGCAGCUCCAAAGACGGGGUUUAUUGACAUUACAACUUCCAAAGACUUCUAUCGCAUAUUUAGUGGCCUUCAAAUCGAAUAUCUGGAGGAAUCUGUUCAAGUACCACCAAGCCAUCAUGAAGUGCUGGGGGAUUCAGUAGCCUGGGGUGGUUGUACUAUAAUAUACCUGCUUGGCCAACAACUGCACUUUGAACUUUUUGAUUUUUCCUAUCAAGUCCUGAAUAUUGCUGAAGUGGAAGCUGUAUCAAUAACACAGACUCCGAAGAAUUCUCCUUCUGCACAGGGGUGGCAAGCAUUGUUAGAAGCAAUGAAGAAAGCAAGGAGGUUGAAUAAUCACGUAUUUUCUAUGCUGAAAGCACGCUGCCCGCUGGAAGACAAACAAGCAUGCGCCAUCAAGCAAAGUGGCGCCCCUCUACAUCGCGUCAAGUUUGAGAACACAGUGUCUGCAUUUGAAACAUUGCCACAAAAAGGUUCUUAGAUUGCUCGUUCCUUGGAUCCUUCUUGUAUUUUUAUGGUCUCCUAGAUCUUGUAAUUGUGAUCUUGUUGAAUAUGCUUACCUCUUUGUAUCUGAUGGAAGAAUUGAAACAUCAAAAUUAGCAAAUUCUGAACUCAGUAUAGGCAAGCGGCUGUUUCCAGCACUGGUGUAUUGUUUUUAUUAAAGUGGCACCAUUACAAUCU